UCAACAUAGUAUAGCAGAUUAAGCGCCCUCUUACGUGCACAAAUAUACACAUAAGUUGUAGUAUUGGUUGUGUGUGAAAGAGUCUGAGAAUUCAAGAGAUAUGCUUGACUGGGGAGUUGAUCAAGUCCAUCACCGAAACCAUGAUCUUUAUCAACAACAACAGCAACAACAAGGAUGUAGAAAGGGACCAUGGACACCUGAAGAAGACAAACUUCUUGUUGAGUAUGUUACUUCGAAUGGGGAAGGAAGAUGGAGCUCGGUUGCUAAGUGUGCAGGGUUGAAUAGAAGUGGCAAAAGCUGUAGACUAAGGUGGGUGAACUACUUAAGGCCAGGGCUUAAGAGAGGACAAAUCACUCCUCAAGAAGAAGGAAUCAUCCUAGAACUUCAUUCCCUUUGGGGUAACAAGUGGUCAACAAUCGCAAGAUAUUUACCAGGACGAACAGAUAAUGAAAUCAAGAACUAUUGGAGAACCCAUUACAAGAAGAAAGAAAAAUCUUUUUCGAAGCAAGAAAAAGUCAAAAGAUCCCGGAAACAGCUAGAUCUGAAACCACAACCACAACAGCAACCUCAUCAGCAGAAUCAAUCGUCUCACUUUGUGUCUGAAGACCACAUGAAUCUCGACAACGAGCAAAACACUUUCUCUUACCAGACUGGUGUCUUCAGUGACCAAUUUCAUAUGCCUCAAGUUGUUGCAGCAACCUCAAGCGACCACUCCAUGAUGGAUGAAGGUAACUUGUGGGGCAGCUUGUGGAGUCUAGACGACCAUGAUCCACACCAUUUUGGUGGUUUCUCGGAACAGAGAACAGCUGCUAACGUUUCUGAGAAGUUUAACGGCUGCGGAAUUGAUGCUCCGUUCUGUGGAUCAUGGGAUUAUAGUUAUAAUGGAUUUAACACUGGAGGCUAUAAUUAUUAAUUAGUAUGUACGGAGAUAUGAAGAAAGCUGCGUCUUCGCACGGUUUACUAGAAGAAAGAAAGAUCUCGAU